AACUACUAUGUACUAUGUAUACGUAGGACAGCCUUGUGAUAGAUUCAAUGUUAUCGUAAAUAUAUUUAUUUCGCCUUCUCUCUCUCUUCUGUGCCAAUAUGCUACCCGAUAUUAUAUGUCCUCUUCAUCUUCUUAAAGGAUAGCUGCCCCUCCUCAUUCUAAUACCCUGACCAAUCAACAUCAUGGCUUCUCACGACGACCUCGACGAGAAGAGCCUUGCGGCGAUCAACUUUGAAGACUUUGAUCAGGAAGAGGCCUUUAAGAAAGCCGAGUCUCACGUGAUAAAUGAGGACAGCAAGAAUUUCGUCGUUGAGUUCGGAUACAAGAAGGCCCGUAUUGCAUUUGAUCUUGGUCCUCAACAUAUGAAGGAAUUACUCAACCAAAAUCCCGAUGAUCAAAAAGAGUAUCCGAUCCGAUGGAUCAAUGUAUGGGAUCCCAGUGUGCAAAGAGAGGAGAUGGUCGCCAUUAGCGAGAAAUAUGGAUUCUCGCCUAGGUUGCUCGGAUUGAUGAUGACCGCUAAAACCCAUCAAGAAGAUGUACGACGACGUAGACAUAGGAUGAGAGACCUGCUGCACCACCACCCGGCUCGGAAUGACCCGGAGAGGGGCGAGGUCAUGAACGGCAACUCUGCGAUGAAGCCUGUCGCCUCAGCUGAGGUCAAUGAUAAUAUAGCUCUGUAUCUACAAGUGAAAGAUACAGUCAAUUAUUUCUCCACGGACCAAACACAGAAAGCCUUCUGCAUCGGAUCAAACUGGCUUCAUAGACGGCCAAUACCAGAGCGCGAGCAUCCCCGGAUCAGUAUCAUGCCGCCUAAGCAUUGGCAAUGGCUCGCGCUAUGUAACAACCAUACCGUCUUGUCAAUCCAUGAGAGGCAGUCAUUCGAACCAGUGCCGGAGAAGGAAGACAAGAAAAGGUGGCGCAUUGAGGAAUUCAGGCACCUCAGAGCUCAUACAUUAGAUGUCCUCCUGCAGCUAUCGGCUCAAGGGUUUGACCGUUAUAGAGAAAAUCCGCUUGCCCAAAGCUCGGUCCGGGCACCUCUAGGCAAACUACCUACAAAUCGGCCAGACUUGGAUCGACAGGCAUCUAUUAUGUCCGUCUUCCACAACAGUGAAGUGGGCAGCUUGGCCGAUGAAGGAACAAGCAACCUUUUCUACUAUUUGUUUGAAGACUAUGUUGCGGCCGGCCCUCUAAAGGCUGCUGAAGAAGAGCUAGAAGAGAUGACUCACACGAUCCUAGAGAGUACACGUCGAAGUAAAGUUUCCAAGAGCUAUGAGAUUAUACCGACGCUCCAUUAUCUAAGCAAGGACCUUCGAGAGUUCAAGCAUUUAUUCGAGAAUUAUAAAAACCUCAUAAAUAAAAUCAUGGUGGUCGGUAAACCAGAUUCACUAGUAGGGAAUCACCCGGACCCGGAACGCAAAGUAUUCUUAACGAACUCGGCGUUGAGUCGUUUCGAGAGACUCGGGGAUCGGCUCCAGUACCUUAUGCUGAACACGAUCGAAGGGUAUCUGGAGGAGAUAGCAGCAUUGUCCACGACGUACUUCAACCUGACACAGCAAAAGGACUCAAAUGCAACAGCAAGGCUCACCAGAAGUGCGACACUGUUAGCUAAGCUUAGCGUCUUCUUCCUACCGAUCAGCUUCAUGACGAGUUACUUUUCCAUACAGAUCGAGGACCUGUAUAGAUACUGGACAGGUAGCACAUAUUGGUAUGCGUUUGCGGUGAUAGCAAGCGUGUCCUUUGUGAGCCUGUUCUUCUUCAGCAGGCUACUCAUGUUCUUCAGUGAUGUGAUGGACGAUUGGGCUGCGGCAAUAGGCGACUGGGGCAACGCAUUGGUUCGAUAUAUCAAGACUUGUAUUGGACUUAAACCUAAGAAUGACGACGACGAAGACGAUUAAAGGGAUGAUUCACUAUCUACCUUCAAGUUAUAGUGUAUGUUAUGUAAUCAACGGGCGAUGAUAAUGUGUAUUAUGCAUCAUGAGCUGGCUAUGGUUAAAGAGGUUUGUAAAAGGGGUAAUGUUCAGGUUGCUUAAUGGGUACAUAUGUACUCGAUAAGGUUGAAUGGGCGUUUUGUAUGCACGUGUGGUUUUGAAUAAACUAUUUCCCCCUGAGUUUUGACUUGAUUACUUUUUGGUUUGAAUAGUUAUUGAAGAUAUCAUUGAAAGUUUCCGAGUUUAGG